CUCUCUCUUCAUCAUCAUCUUCAUCAUCCCUUUCCUUCUCCUUCUUCUUCUCCUUCAUAAUUCAUUCACAACCCAUUUCCCCUUUCUGUACUUCUUCAAUCUCCCAUUUCCUUUUAACCUUCAUUCAAACAAAAACGUUGGACCCACAAACUUCUCUCCACAAAUUUAGCUUUAUUUCUCUCACUUUUCUUCCUUUUCCUCUUGUCUUUUGCCUGGGAUUCAGAACAGUUCAGAGAUCUCAGGGUUCGUGGCAUUUUUGGAUGAUAGAUAAACGUGUUUAAGAGUAUAAUUAAAUCUGUGUUACUAUACCGACUUACAAGGAAGAAACUAAAACAUGUCUGGGCCCACAAAAGUUAUGGAUCCUGCUUUUCUAGGAGUAGGGCAAAGGGUUGGCACUGAAAUUUGGCGAAUUGAGAAUUUUCUGCCUGUUCCAUUGCCAAAGUCCGAUUUUGGAAAAUUCUAUAUGGGGGAUAGCUACAUAAUAUUGCAGACAUCACAAAACAAAAGUGGCUCUUUCUUGUUUGAUAUACACUUCUGGAUUGGAAGAGAUACAAGUCAGGACGAGGCUGGGACUGCCGCAAUAAAAUCUGUAGAGUUAGAUGCAUCUCUUGGAGGCCGUGCAGUGCAGCAUAGAGAACUUCAAGGCCAUGAAUCAGACAAAUUUUUAUCAUACUUUAAACCUUGCAUCAUUCCACUUGAAGGAGGUGUUGCAUCUGGAUUUAAAAAAGUUGAGGAGGAAGAAUUUGAAACACGAUUAUAUACCUGCAAAGGAAAACGAGUUGUUAGAAUGAAACAGGUUCCUUUUGCUCGGUCUUCUCUUAAUCAUGAUGAUGUGUUCAUCUUAGACACUGAAAACAAGAUAUAUCAGUUCAAUGGUGCUAAUUCCAAUAUCCAAGAGAGAGCCAAGGCUUUAGAGGUUGUUCAAUUUUUGAAGGAAAAGUAUCACCAGGGAGUGUGUGAUGUUGCUGUAGUGGAUGAUGGGAAGUUAGAUACAGAGUCGGACUCUGGGGAGUUCUGGGUCCUCUUUGGUGGUUUUGCACCUAUCGGAAAGAAGGUUAGCACUGAAGAUGAUGUGAUUGCAGAAGCCAUGCCUGCUAAACUUUAUAGCAUAGCUGAUGGUGAAGUGUCAAUCAUUGAAGGCGAACUAUCCAAAUCAUUAUUAGAAAAUAACAAAUGCUAUCUUCUGGAUUGUGGUUCUGAGGUAUUUGUUUGGGUUGGACGGAUAACCCAGGUGGAGGAAAGAAAAACGGCCAUCCAGGUUGCUGAGGAAUUUGUUGCUAGUCAAAAUAGGCCAAGAUCAACACAUAUAACGCGACUUAUUCAAGGUUAUGAGACACAUUCUUUCAAAUCCAACUUUGGAUCCUGGCCAGCAGGAUCUGCAGCUUCUGGAGCUGAGGAAGGAAGAGGAAAGGUAGCAGCUUUAUUGAAGCAACAAGGUGUGGGUAUCAAGGGGAUGUCAAAAAAUACACAAGCAAAUGAGGAAGUACCUCCAUUGCUGGAGGGAGGUGGAAAAUUGGAGGUUUGGUGCAUCAACGAGGACACCAAGACUCCAGUGCCCUCAGAAGAUGUUGGUAAAUUUUAUAGUGGAGACAGCUACAUUGUUCUUUAUGCUUACCACUCAGGAGAGAGGAAGGAAGACUAUAUUUUGUAUACUUGGUAUGGAAAGGAUAGCAUUGAGGAGGACCAAAUGACUGCUGAUCGCAUUGCAAGUUCAAUGUCAAACUCUCUCAAGGGGAAGCCAGUUCAGGGUCGCAUUUUUCAGGGUAAAGAACCGCCACAGUUUGUUGCACUUUUCCAGCCUAUGGUGGUCCUCAAGGGUGGUGUGAGUGCUGGUUACAAGAAAUUUAUAGCAGACAAAGAUUUGGCGGAUGAAACAUAUAGUGUAGAUAAUGUUGCUCUCAUCAAGGUUUCUGGAACUUCUGUCCACAACAAUAAAGCAGUGCAAGUUGAUGCUGUGGCAACAUCAUUGGACUCUAGCCAUUCUUUUGUCCUGCAAUCUGGAUCCUCUUUGUUUACAUGGCAUGGAAAUCAAUGUGCCUUUGAGCUGCAGCAAUCAGCGGCAAAAGUUGCCGAGUUUUUAAAGCCUGGAGUUACUUUAAAACAUGCUAAAGAAGGAACAGAAAGUUCAGCUUUCUGGUCUGCUCUUGGGGGAAAACAAAAUUAUGUCAGCAAAAAAGCAGCUCCAGAUAUUGUCAGAGAUCCCCACCUAUACACAAUUUCAUCGAAUAAAGGACGUUUUCAGGUAGAGGAGGUUUAUAACUUUUCUCAAGACGAUCUCUUGACAGAGGACAUCUUGAUUCUUGAUACACAUGCUGAAGUGUUCAUAUGGAUUGGCCAGAUGGUAGACACCAAAGAAAAGCAAAAGGCCUUCCAAAUCGGGCAGAGUUACAUAGAAAUGGCUGCAUCUCUGGAGGGUUUGUCCCCAAAAGUACCACUAUACAAAGUUAAUGAGGGGACUGAACCAAGCUUCUUCACGACAUACUUUUUGUGGGAUAAUACUAAAGCUAUCGCUCAGGGUAACUCGUUCCAGAAGAAAGUUUCUCUAUUGUUUGGAAUUGGCCAUGCUGCGGAGGAUAAAACUAAUGCAUCAAGUCAAGGAGGACCUAGGCAAAGAAGUGAAGCUUUAGCUGCUUUAAACUCCGCAUUUAAUUCAUCGUCGGGGCCGAAAACUACUCCUACAAGGCCAUCUGGCAGAAGUCAAGGAGGAGGAUCACAAAGGGCAGCUGCUGUAGCUGCACUUUCUUCCGUUCUUACAGCAGAAAAGAAGCAAGGAUCUGAUUCUCCUUCUGCCCCACAUAGUCGCAGUCCAACUUCAGAUGAUAUGGGGAAAGGAGAUGAUGAAAGUUUCCAAACAGAAAAGGAGGAUACUAAAGAAGACGAAGACAAGGAAACAGGAAAUUUUUCCCCUUCAUUUGAAAAUGAUGGAGGUGAUUCGACGCCCAAGCAAGGUGGGGGCCAGGAUUUUGAUGCUGAAACUGUUAAUAGCACAUUCAGUUAUGAUCAAUUAAAAGCAAGGUCUGAUAAUCCAGUGACUGGAAUCGACUUCAAACGAAGAGAGGCCUAUCUUUCCACGGAAGAGUUCGAGACGGUAUUUGGUAUGACAAAAGAAACAUUCUACAAGCUGCCCAAAUGGAAGCAAGACAUGCAGAAAAAGAAGGUUGAUCUAUUUUAGAGAAUGAACUUAUUGUGGUGCUUUGCAGUUAGCUCGUCUAAACUUCGACUUCCAUAUUCGAGAAUCGGCGUUUUGCGAGUGGAUGGGAAUCAUGACUGGUUUGCAUUUUUUUCUAGAAUUUGGUAGUGUUUCCAUCAAGGAAAAGACCUUUGGUUAUUUGAUUGUCAUUGUGAUGCAGCCUAAUGAGUUUUUUUUUUUUUUUCUCUUUUUGUUUGUUUAACAAACUUAUUUUUUCUUUUCUCAUCUUUAUUUUUUUAGUUUCCUUGCCUGCGCAUUGUGUCUCGUUUUCGAGACCAGUCUUGGCAGUUCAAUUCUUUUAUUGUUGGUAUGUAUUAAUGGUGUUUUGUUUUGAGGUCGUUUGAGCUUUUUGAUCUUUCAUUUGGCAGAAAGAAAUGAAAAUGGUGUAUAUGAAAAUGUAUAUGGAUUGACUCAAAAUAUUAGGAAGAAAUUACCUGCUUUUUCUGUUAA